AUGACAACACAAAGUUUUAAUAAAGCAAACUCCACAUCAAAUAGGAGUGGUAUUAAUAUAGGAAGAAAUCGAUCCAAUAGCGAUACCAGUAGCGAUAAAAGUUUUGAUGGCAGCGAUAAUAGUAGCACAGAUAUAAGCAGUAAUAAUAAUAAUAAUAAUAACAAUAACAAUACAAAUAAUGGUUCAACUGUCAAUGCAAUAAAUGGCAGUCUAUACCCAGCUUUAAUAAAAAAUAGUAAUAAUACAUAUAGUACAAUGGCAGAUUUCAAAAGAUCAGAGUUGGAUUUGGCAAUAAAAUCAUUAAAAUAUUUUGAUAAAAAUAGAUUAUAUUCAAAUAUAAAAUGUACAAUUAUAGGUAUUAGUGGUGUUGGUAAAACAUCAUUUAUAAGAAGAUUUUCAUCUGGGGAAUUUUUAAUUGAUGAAACCACAACAUUUGGUGCAAUUAGAACAUUACAUAUGAAUCAUUAUAGUGGAUUAUCAUUAAACUUGGAGAUAUGGGAUUCAGGUGGUCACGAUAGAUUAAAGGGAUUAUUACCAUUUUAUUUAACUGGAACCAAUUGUAUGAUGCUAAUGUUUGAUGUAACAAGUAAAGAAAGUUUUAGGAAAGCAUUUGACCUUUUAAGCAAAUCGAAAUCAAUGGUGGCAGCAGGAUCAAUGUUUUUAGUAGUUGGUAAUAAACUAGAUUGUACAAAGAGAGAGAUCACUACAGAGGAAUUGAAAGCAGAAUGCGAAAAGCGUUCUGAAGAGUUAGAUAUCAAUAUAAGUUGGUGUGAAAUUUCAGCAAGAACAGGUUACAACAUUCACGAACCAUUCAACAUUAUUUCAAAGACAAUAACAACAAUGAUAAAUAUAAUAAAAGUUUCACAUAGAUCAUUAAAUAAUAGUGGCAACUCAAUACCAACAAGUGGUGAGGGUGAAGCAAAUAAAUUGGAAAUCGAUUCAAUAAAUAAAUCAACAUUUAAAAAAGAUAAACCAACCAAUAAUAAUAACAAUAAUAAUAAUAAUAGUAAUAAUCUACCAUCAUUCUUUGAAUUGGAUGAGGAAAGUACAGAAGAUAAUGAUAUGAACUCAUCAUUUAAUAUAAUAUCUAAUCCAGACAUAAUAAUGAUUAGAAAUAACAACUACUCUUGUAUUGAAAGAACUAAAUCCGUUCAAGAGAAUGUCAUAGUGAAAUUGGAUUCAUUAAAGAUUGUAAUAGAACCUUCAAUCAAUACAAUUUUCAAUAAAAUUCUAUCAAUGCAUAAAAAGACCUUAUUCUUUAAAGAGGCCAACGAUAAUUCAGAUUCUGGUGAAUUAAAUGGUAGUCCAAAUGGUAGUGGUGGUGUUACUGGUGUUACUGGUGGUAGCAGUGGUAGCAGUGGUGAAAAAGGUAGUUUUUGUAUAGUUGUAGAUAAAUAUCAUCCAAAAAGAAUUGAGUUUAGAAGAAGGUCCUCACCACUAACAAAUAAUUCCGAAGAUAUUUUAUUAUGUGAUUAUAGAGAUCAUUUAAUUAAAACUUUUAUAUCUUUAUGUCCAUAUAAAAUACCUAUUAUCGAAGGAAGUAAUAGUACAACAAUUAACGAUUUUAUUGGAUAUUUUAAUGAAUGUUUAAGAUAUCAUAAUAGAGGAUUAAUUGAAAAGUCAUAUAUAGAGAAAUGUAAUAAAUCAAAUAAUGUUAGUUUAUCAUCAGCAGCCACCACAUCAAUGAAAUCAAAUGAAACUUUAAUUAAUUUAGAAUUUUCUAAAAUGUUAAAGGACGAAAAGUAUAUCUCAGCAUUAUCAAACGCAAUAAAUUGGAAUGCUUCAAUCGAAACUUUAGAUAUCUCUGAUAAUAAAUUUGAUAAUUAUGAAAUUAAAAUAUUCAACGACCUUUUACAAUCAAUUAACAACUCAAUAUCAAUUAUAAAUUUAAAUUUAGCAAAUAAUUCUUUAAAUUCAAAGCAUAAAAAUUCAUUAAUUGAAUUUAUUCAAGCAAUGAAGUUAAAAUCAUUAAAUUUAAAUAAUAAUAAUUUAUCAAAUAAUUGUAAUUUAAUUGCUCAAACUUUAACUCAAAAUACUACAUUAACUCAUCUCAGUCUUUCAAAUAAUAAUUUAAAUAAUGAUAACGCCCAAUCAUUAUCGCAAAUGAUUCAACAAAAUUCAACAAUUCAAUCUAUAGAUUUAUCUGAAAAUAAAAUUGAAGAUGAGGGUGCUGCUUUCUUAUUAAAUGCACAAAAGCAACAACAAAACUCUAAUUCUUCUUUCCAAUUAUCUUUAAAUUUACAAUUAAACCCAACCAAAUUUCAAAAUUUAAAUAAUGCUAAAAAAUAA